UUGCCUCUCUAUACAUAUAUAUGAACUAUGAUAACAGUAUGUAGUUAAAAUUUAAAUCUUUUAUGUUGUUAAUAUUGUUUGGGUUUAAAACUUUAAGAGUGAAGUGGUUCAAUUGUAAGAAAAUCAAAAACAUUUUCAACAGUAUUGACAAAAUCUUCUCAAAUUUUAGUUAAAUUUAAAUCUUAAUGAAUGACGAUGACUGUUAAAGCAUGUUUUGUGUUAUUCGUGUGUGGAAUAUACAUUCUAUGGGGGACUAAAGGAGACACUGCAUCGUCCGUCUGUACGAUGGAAAUGUACGGAAACGACAGUGCUGCGUUCUGGGCUUGUAAGAUCCAGUUCGCCCAUCAGGCAAACUGGUUCCCUUCACCUAUAGCUGGACUCUUCAGUUACCAGAUAUGGAAUGGAUAUGAUGGUUUCUGGCAGAAUGGCGCUGUGUUGGAAACGUUUACAAACUUUGUUGCCUAUACAAAUAAAACUCAUACAAGAUAUUCUAAUGUUUUAAAAAGUAGCGAACGCGGGCUCUACAGCUUGCUAGAGGCAUAUGGACCUUAUCCUUCUUUUGACGACAUGAGUUGGUAUGGUUUAUCGUACACGAGAAUCCACGAGAUUCUCGGGUUCGACACGUUCCUUCAAGAUGCGACGGACAUCUAUGAUUGGAUCUGGAAGACCGGUUGGGAUCAGAGCGGUGCAUGUGGUGGGGGAUUGUGGUUCGAUAACACAUUUGUUUCCAAGCAAACCAUUACGAAUGCUCAAAUGAUACAAUUGUCCGGGAGAAUGUAUCGCCUGACAAAAAAGAAAGAAUACCUGACAAAAAUGAAUCAAAUUUACGCAUUUGUUAUGAAUAACACUUUAAUAAAUGAAACAACUUACCUUGUGGCCGACGGAGCGAAUUCCAACUGCACACCGAAUGGAUUUUAUGGGCGGAGCUAUAACAGUGGCGUGAUGACAGGAGCUUUAGUUGAAAUGUACAGAUGUUCUAAAAAUAGCAUUUUCCUUGAUCUUGCAUUUAAAGUUACAAAUGGUUUAAUAGAACAUGCCAGUAAUGCAGACGGUAUUUUGGUUGAGUUCUGUGAACCGAAUUGCGAUGACGACGCGUUAAUGUUCAAAGGAUUGUUCGCCCGGAACGUGAGGGUUUUAAUUAACGAAUUAACUGACAGCAUAAGGCGCGAGUACCUGCAAAGCUGGCUUAAUCUUCAAGUAGAAUCAAAUUUGAGGAAUAAUAUCUGUGAUAUGGAACCAAUUACGAAAUGUAACAUAUCGUAUAAAGACGGGCCGCCGUAUUACAACAAAUCUGGACCUGUGUUUUCUCCAAAUUGGCGGGGGCCGUUUACAUAUGGUGCGCCAAUGCAGCAGACCUCAGUAUUGGACCUUUUCGUUUCUGCUAUAAAACCCGGAACGGAUUGUAGCGGAAAGUUUUGUAAUUACGACCCGUACUUCCCACCACCACAAUCUUUGACCUGUGGAAGUGAACCAUGCCCGGAAGGCGAAGAUUGUUGUGAAUAUAGUCCAUAUAGUUCAUAUACUUGUUGUGAAAGCACCCAACAUUGCAAUAAAACUACUGGUGUAUGUGACGGCUUUUGAUAUACCGGCGCUGAACUCGAAAAAGUUACGCGAAAUAAAAGUGCAAAAAAGUCUGUUACUUUAAAACCAUCUCUACAUGUUAUCUAAACUUAAAGGAUUAAGAAUGUGUACUAGGACUUGUUUCUAAUUUGUUUCUUAAAGUGAUAAUAAAAAUAACAACACAUUUGUUUUGAAGCCGAAACAAUUCUUGAACAUACAGCAUUAAGGCAUCAUCUAUCUGAGCUUAAUACAUGUAUAGAAUAUUAUAGCAUGCGACAAAUUUUUGCCCUGUGUUGUCCAUUCGUUGUCAU